GCCACGUGUUCACAGAUUUCAAUUGCGGAUUAAGAUGUCACAAACACCAGUGCAAAAAUGGUACUCAGGAAAGACGAUAUUUGUCACUGGUGGAUCAGGAUUUAUGGGAAAGGUACUACUAGAAAAAAUGUUGUAUGCCUGCUCAGAAAUUCGUUCGAUAUAUGUAUUAAUUCGGCCAAAGCGCAGCAAAUCUCCACAAGCACGAAUUGAAGAUUGGAUGAAGUUACCUGUAUUUGAACGGAUAAAAAGAGAAAAACCAGAAUUAUUUAAGAAACUUAUUGCUGUGCAAGGUGAUUUAACAUCGGAUGGACUUGGCAUAUCACCUGAAAAUCAUGAAAAGCUGAUUAAAGAAACUGAAAUAGUGUUCCACUGUGCAGCAACUUUGAAAUUAGAAGCUAAAUUGAAAGACGCUAUCGAUUUCAACACAACCGGUACAAAACGUGUAUUGGACUUAUGCAAGCAAAUGAAAAAACUUCAAGUUAUGCUUCACAUGUCAACAGCAUUCUGCUAUUGUGACAAGGAAGUGUUAAAUGAGCGAGUAUAUGAUUUUCAUCAUAGUCCCUAUGACUUGAUGCGAAUUGCUGAAUGGAUGGAUGAGAAGACAUUGGAUCAAAUAACUCCAGAUCUCCUUAAACCCCAUCCUAAUACCUAUACGUACACGAAACGACUAAGUGAAUGCCUUGUAAGAGAUAACUAUCCUCAACUACCUGCGUGCAUUGUAAGACCUAGCAUAGUGUGCCCAGCAAAUAAAGAGCCAGUGGAAGGAUGGGUUGAUAACCUUAACGGCCCAGUAGGUAUAAUGGUUGCAGGAGGAAAAGGAAUUAUGCGUUCAAUGCUCUGCAAUGGAGAAUACAAUGCAGAAGUAAUUCCAGUUGACAUAGCUAUAAAUGGACUAAUAACAAUUGCAUAUACAAUGGGCCAAAUGAGUGAAUUGCCGCCAGAAAUUCCCGUCUAUAACGUGACAUGCAGAGAAACAAAACGAACAACCUGGAAAGAAGUUUUGGAAAUGGGGAAAGCAACUGCCUAUGAAUAUCCUUUCGAAGCAGGCAUUUGGUAUCCUGAUGGAGACAUAACCACUAGCAAACUAUAUCACACAAUCUGCGUAGUUCUCUUUCAUUGGUUACCUGCAUAUCUUAUUGAUUUUCUGAUGUUUUGCUUUGGUCAAAAAAGAUUUAUGUGUCGACUACAAGGAAUGGUAUCCCAAGGGUUAGAAUUAUUGCAGUUUUUCACAACUCGUCAGUGGAACUUUAAGUCACAACAAUAUCAAGCGAUAGCACAAAAUCUUACUCCUGCAGACUAUGAGCUAUUUGACAUGGAUGUUGAUCGUAUAGAUACAAAGGAUUAUAUUCGACGAAUUGUUCUUGGUGGUCGGCAAUUUUGCAUGAAGGAACCAUUAUCUACGCUACCGAAAGCAAGAAUUCAAUUGAAGGCGCUAUACGUAUUAGAUAAAGUAGGGAAAGCAUUCAUGAUUUGGUUCCUAACGUGGUCAAUACUAUCAAUAACUGGACUGAAACAUAUAUUUAGUGAUACAUUUACUAGCAAUUGAUUUAGGCAACACAAACAUGACUAUUGUAACAUGACUUCAUUUAGUGGACGGAUCUGAGUGUUUUGUCAAUUAGCUAUAGGAAUUUUUUGGGGUGUUUAUCGAUUCGUUUGAAUAAAUUCGGCGGUGCAAUGUUUAAUUGUAUUAACCUAUCAAAGUCUGUCACGUGUUGGGUCUCGAAUUUUCAGAAAAUUAAUAGCACUUUAUAUUUUAUCUAGUAAUCGAAAGAAACUAUCGAAAACGACACAAGGUACUCUCCCUCUGUUUCUCUUUUUAUGUUGUAACAGAAAGAAAAGGAAACAAAAACUGAAUUUAGUUGUAGCGCUUUAUUGCGGAUUGUUGGGCUGACGUCUGUAAUA